AUGGAGGAUAUAAUUCCGCAAAUUCCAGAAAGGCCUAAGUCAAAGGUGGUUUCAGAAGAUGUCUCAGCUGCCAUUGAGCCUCUGACCACCUCGGAAUCGGUGACACCAGUAAUUCCGCCCAGACCACAGAAAGCAAGUAAAUCUGAGCCAUUGGAGCCACCAAUGGAUGUCAAAGAAAGCUCUCCAAUUAAGAAUGAUCUUCUUGAAAGCCUGAAUCCGUUAAGUGCAGAAUCCAACGAUGAAGAAGCCACAACUCCGCAUAUACCACCCAGACCUCAGAAAUCUACCUCUGUCCCCGACCAUGUGGAGCUUGAAAUUAAUCCUGUUAUACCUCCAAGACCCGUGAGACCUUCUGCAGCUCAAGAUAACAAAAUUGAUCCGGUUGUGCCUGCCAGACCUAUAUUAUCAAAAGCCAGUGAUCUGACCGAGGAGCAGAAGACACCAGCCGCCCUCGAGAGUUCUGUCUCUUUAAGUCGCGAUGUAGUUGAAACUGAGCAGAAUCUGGUUGGUGAACAGGCUUCCAAACAAGAGACAGCUAGUAUUCCAGUAUCGAGUUCAGAGAAAUCAACUGCUUCGAUGUUUGAGAAGGAUGAAAAUUGCGCCGAUAAGAACUCGAGCACAGUAAAAAAGCUGGAUGUUGUUGGUGUAGCCAACGACUCCGUCACGCAACCAAUAAUUGCUCCCGAAGAUUCCAAAGGAAGCGGCGCUGCUGUAAUUACAUCGGAGAACGCAGAUAUAGAUGAUACGAUCCCUACUAAAGAACCACUUACAGUACAGCAACUGACUUCUUUAGCAGACAGUUCCGUGCCUGGAGAUACUGUUGUACCUGAGGAUUCUUCUGUACCAAGGAAAUCUUCUGUGCCUAAGGAUGCGUCUGUACUUGAGGACGCUUCUGUACUUGAGGACGCUUCUGUACUUGAGGACGCUUCUGUACUUGAGGACGCUUCUGUACCUGAGGAUGCUUCUGUACCUGAGGAUGCUUUUGUACCUGAGGAUGCUUCUGUACCUGAGGAUGCUUCUGCACUUAAGGACGCUUCUGUUUCUGCAGACGCUACAAAAGCAAAGGAAUCGAACUUUCGCGAAGAGGUGUCUUCCACAGAAGACGCUUUUGUCACGCAAAAGGCCCUCAAUGAUGAAUCAGACCUCUCUACCAAUCCUGUUGAGGACAAGGACACUUCCAAGGCAACUAUAUCCGAACCAACUAUCCCCGACACGACAGCUACCCUCAACUCUGAGUCCUCUGAGCUGGCUGAGAAAUCAAAUGAAAUUUCCGAAACUCCAAUUAUUCCAGAGCGUCCAACGAACACUCGUAAGUCAUCUUCUCCAAGUACUCUAGACAAAAGUACGCAACCAAUCGUUCCCCCUCGACCAGUGAAACCAUCUGUUUCCGGGAACGAUACCAAAUUCGUUCCACCCAAACCGAAGAAAUUGUCAUCAAAAAUCGCUGCUUUCCAGCAAAUGUUCAAUCAACCAGAGCCUCAAAUCGAGCAUAAAAGACCUCCUCCUCCUGCAAAAAAGUGGAGCGGUGACAGGUCAGGCAUUGCCAACAACUUGCAAAACAUUAUGGGAAGGGGCAUCCCUUUGCCUGGAAUGGUAGCACCCGGUCAACUCAAGUCUGCACUGAGCUCUCCAACUAAGGAAGAACCAGAGGAAAAUGUUGAUGAACCUGAAUCGUUGGCACCUGUUGCACGCAGAGCUAAAGGUCCAAGAGGCAAAAAGCUUCCCAAGUCUGUGCAAGAAUCAAGCAUCGUUGUUGAGCCAAGAUUUCAAUUGGUAACUGCAGACUUGUGGGAACUCAAAUUAUCAAAAUCUGUCAAAACAUCGGAUCUGGCGCAAGUUGAUGAUGAUGGUGGUGAUAGCGUUACUGUUGAGGAUAUUCAAGAGUGUGAUCAAUUACCCCCGGCCGCAACUGAGGAAUCAGAUGUCGUAGCGCCUGUGUCCUCAGUCAUAGCUCAUGAUGCUGAGAUAGAAGAGCAGAGUGCGGAAUUGUCCGCGAAGACAUCUGUCAACCUUCCUAGCGACACUGCUUCGACAGGUGACUCGACGGAAUUCUUUGAAGCAUCUCCUUCCACAGAUGGUAUCGAGAAAGUCAGCGCCCCUGCUUUAUCAGAGGCGCUUGAAAGAAGCGAAGAAUCUUCGAAUAAUCUCACAAUAGCAGAAGAAUCCGGUUCCAUGAAGCAUGGUGAACUUAAAGUAGAACAAAGCCCUGUUGAGGUUGAGCCCCUUUCGGUGGAGGGUUCGGAAAAGGCUGCAGAUUCAGCCAUCGUCGACGAGAUUAUCAAUACAGUUGAUCAGUUACCAGAGCCGAUGCCAAUUGUCGAACAUUCCCUGUAA